AUGACUAUAUACUUUUCCACCUCUCUCUCUCUCUCCACUACUUUUCCACCUCUCUCUCUCUCCACUACUUUUCCACCUCUCUCUCUCUCCACUACUUUUCCACCUCUCUCUCUCUCCACUACUUUUCCACCUCUCUCUCUCUCUCCACUACUUUUCCACCUCUCUCUCUCUCUCCACUACUUUUCCACCUCUCUCUCUCUCUCCACUACUUUUCCACCUCUCUCUCUCUCUCCACUACUUUUCCACCUCUCUCUCUCUCUCCACUACUUUUCCACCUCUCUCUCUCUCCACUACUUUUCCACCCUCUCUCUCUCUCCACUACUUUUCCACCUCUCUCUCUCUCCACUACUUUUCCACCUCUCUCUCUCCACUACUUUUCCACCUCUCUCCCACCUCUCUCUCUCUCCCUACUUUCCACCUCUCUCUCGCUCUCCACUACUUUUCCACCUCUCUCGCUCUCCACUACUUUUCCACCUCUCUCUCUCUCCACUACUUUUUUCCACCUCUCUCGCUCUCCACUACUUUUCCACCUCUCUCUCUCUCCACUACUUUUCCACCUCUCUCUCUCUCUCCACUACUUUUCCCCCUCUCUCUCUCCACUACUUUUCCCCCCUCUCUCCCCUUUUCCCCCCUCUCUCUCUCCACUACUUUUCCCCCCUCUCUCUCUCCACUACUUUUCCCCCCUCUCUCUCUCUCCAUUACCCGACCUUUCCCACCAUCUCCACCACCCUACCGUCUCCACCUCUCACCCACCACAAAAAUAUUUUUGCAUAA